AUGGAGGAGAUCAUCGCGGGGCUGGAAGGGCUCACAUUCGCCUUCGAGCAGGAUGUGGAAUUGCAGAAGGGGACUGGGCUCCUGCCUUUCCAGGGCAUGGACAAGUCCAACUCAGCUGUAUGCAACUUCUUCGCUAAAGGGCUCUGUGAGAAAGGGAUGCUGUGCCCUCUCCGACAUGAGAAGGGCAAGAAGAUGGUGGUGUGCAAACACUGGCUUCGAGGGCUCUGCCGAAAGGCUGAUAGCUGUAAAUUUCUACACCAGUAUGACGUCACCAGGAUGCCGGUGUGCUACUUCCACUCAAAGUUUGGUAACUGCAGCAACAAAGACUGCUUCUUCCUCCACGUGCAGUCAACUCCCAAGCCCCAGGACUGCCCUUGGUACAACCAAGGGUUCUGCAAGGACGGUCCCCUGUGUAAAUACCGCCAUGUUCAUCAAGUCAUGUGUCUUAACUACUUCACCGGCUUCUGCCCCAAGGGACCUAAGUGCCAACUUGGGCAUCCCAAGAUGAGUCCAGUCCUGUACCCCAGUAAUGUGAAGGUAAGUCUUGUCAACCAGCCCGGGGAUGGAACAGCUCCAGCUUCCUCUGGCAAUACUCUAGCAACCCCUUCCCUGGCAAGGUCCACGGUCUACCAUCAGAAGAGGCCGGCCCUGCCUCCUGCCUGCAGCUCAAGCUUCCCACCCGCCCCACAGGCCACCAAUGCCAGUGACGAAGGCUGUACCAGUCAGAGUCAUCAAGACCCAGUCUGUAGCACAGGAACUGGAAAUCCUCCUAGUAAAGGGGCUCCAUGGCCUCCCCAGGGAAUUCUGCACCCAGUGGUCCAGUGA